AUGACCAGAAUAUUUGUAGACACCUUGAAGGACCCAUUCUUUGAUAGAUUGGUGAGUAGUGCAGCGUUUGACUUCGCACAUCUAGUCACAAUUAGAGAUCUCAUAAAGAAAGGGUUGAGGGAUGGAAAAAUUCCAGGAGCUGUGGCAAUCCCUAGUGCACCGAAGAAGUAUUCUGGAGGCUUCCCGAAGAAAAGAGAAGGUGAAACAAACACUAUAUCCAGAAGCUACAAGGGGAAGAAACAGGCUUCAUAUGGCCAAGUCGCCGUUGUGGUACCCAUACCAUAUCAACAGCCAAUGCAACAACAACAGGUGUAUCAACUGCAACAUCAACAACAUCAUCAUCGGCAAAACACUGCACCGCCAAGACAAUUCAAGCCAAGACCUCCAAGAAGGCAACUUGAUCCCCUACCAGUACCUUAUAGUCAGAUAUUCCCAUAUUUGCAAAAGGAGGGCCUUCUAACAUUGAGGGAGUUAAAACUAGCUGUUUUUCCAUAUCCACCCGGAUACGAUGCUAACGCCCAUUGCGAGUUUCACAUAGGAGCACCUGGUCAUACCUUGGAGAAUUGUUUCACAUUUCAAAAUCAGGUACACGACUUGAUCGAAGAAAAGGUCGUCUCUUUCACUCCGAGACGCCAGAACGUGAACACCAAUCAUAUGCCAACACAUAAGGAUGCUUCCGUCAGUGCCAUUGAGGAGAGUGACCAAGGCAAAUUGAUCCGCAAGGUUGAAGAGAUUCAAACCCCUAUCACCAGGAUAGGAGCACAAUUGCUGAAAAAUGGACUACUCCCGGAGGAGCUAGUUGCUGAAGAGAACAAUAAAGAGUUGAGGAAUUUUAUACAACAAAUCCUGGAUCGAGGCGAGUUACAAAUAAACUGUCGUGUCAAGAGCAACCGCCAGGAAGAGAUAGACGUGGUGGACAUCCCUUAUGAUGAGGUUAAGGUGGAAAUACCUAUAAGCCCAUUGGUGAUAAAGUUUCCAGCACCAUUCGCAUAUAAAGAUGAGAAGGCAGUCUCGUGGAUAUAUCAACCCAGAGCUUUUAAGCAGGGGCAGGAAGACCGACCUUUGAUGAUCAAUGAACCAAAUGUCACUUCAAUUGUAGGGCCAACAGGAAUGACACGUAGUGGCCCAGUAUUCGCGCCAAGAACUGCUGAUACUUCUUUAAAGACUAAAGGGAAGGAAGCUGAUGUCCAGAUCCCCGUCCCUAAUCAAGAAAUUCAAGACAUACACCUGUCUCCUAAAGCCGCGGUCACUCGUGAAGAGGCUGAGGAAUUUCUGAGGAUAAUCAAGAAGAGUGAUUAUAAGAUCUGGCCAUUUGAGAGAGUGUUUGAAAAAAGGAUGUCGGAUUUGGGUUCAGGGGCCAAAAAUAAGGAGGGUUUGUGUUUUGAUAUUUUGGUUUUGGGGUGGCGGUCACCGGAGAAGAAGGCGGCGCCGCCAUGGUUGGUCGUCCGCCACCGUCUUCUCCAGCACGUGUGGGCCAUGAGUGGUCACGGAGAAGAAGAAGCGGUUGCAGAGCAACAUUGUUUUCAGAAGUGA